AUGGAUAACUCUGUUCUAGCUAAGUUUAAGUUGGUCAAAGGUCCAAUUUAUUCCCACUGUUUCUCUGCUGACAGGACUAUUUUGGCCAUUACUUGCGAUACCAAAUGUUACAUCUACAGAAUGCAAGGUGCCAAUUCCCCCCCAAAGUUACAUGUGACUUUGGAAAACCAUGACAAAACUGUUACCGCUGUUGAUAUUUCUAUUCAUGGACGUAUUGUUACUUGUUCUCAAGAUCGUAAUGCUUACGUUUGGGAACCAUUAAGCGAUGGCACUUAUAAGCCAACGCUAGUCUUGUUGCGUAUCAACAGAGCUGCAACUGCUGUGAGUUGGGCUCCAAAUGGUUACAAAUUUGCUGUUGGUUCUAGUGCAAGAAUCGUCGCCGUUUGUUACUACGAACAAGAAAACAAUUGGUGGGUUUCCAAACAUAUUAAAAAACCAAUCAAGUCUACUAUCAACACUUUAUCAUGGCACUCAAACGGUGUCUUAUUGGCUACCGGUGGUACUGAUGGUUACAUGCGUGUCUUCUCUGGUUUCAUCAAGGGUUUAGACACCAAGGAAGCUGUUACAAACUCACCAUGGGGUGAAAAGUUCCCAUUCGGUUCUUUAAUUAGAGAGUUCUAUCAAGGCUCUUACAUCAACGAUGUCGAAUGGCGUUCCAACUUGGAGAAAAUUGCCUACGUUGCCCAAGAUGGUUCUUUGAAUGUUGCCGACUACCAAGGUAACGUUCAAAGUGUCGAUGCUCCAGAAGGUUUGCCAUACCGUACUGUUGUUUGGGUUGAUGAAGCUUCUAUUUUAUGUGCUGGUUAUACUCGUCACCCAGUCUUGUUUACUGAAAAUAACGGUACCUGGGGUUUCUCCAAGGACUUCAACAAGACUUCAGAAGGUAUUGCCAAAUCCAUCAAUUCUUUAGAUAUUUCUGCAGAUGAUGAUGAAACAGCCAACCCAACAUUUGGUAUCUCCGCUUUGAAGAAGUUCAAAGAGUUAGAUUUAAAAGGUUCUGUUUCUGCCUCUGUCAAGGAAAGUGCCCAUUUAAAUGCAAUUGUAGACCUAAAAGUCUUUAAUGAAAAUAACGGAAAAGUCAGCCAAGUUUCAUCUUGUGGUCUAGAUGGUGAAAUUGUUUUAUAUAAUCUAUAA